AUGGAAGCACUGUUUGCCCUUUUCUUUGGAGUGGAAACUCUGCUGCGGAUCCAUCAGCUGGGCUUGGAUUACUUUCUAGAUGCAUGGAAUGUUUACGACUACACGUUGGUGACCCUCAGCGUCGCGGAUGUUGUUGUCUCCAUCACGGUUCCCGGCUCCGGAGGGCUUGGAAUUGCCAAAAUGCUUCGCAUCUGCCGGCUGCUGCGGAUCUAUCGGUCUAUCAAGGGCUUGAAAGCGCUUGCAGGCCUUUGGGUCAUCACGCAAGGCAUCCUUGAUUCGCUUCUAGCUGUUGUUUGGGUGAGUUUUGCUCUCUUUCUUUUCCUGUUUAUGUUCGCUGUCCUUGUGACGACCAUGGUGGGCCAAGAUAUCGACAUCCGUCGUGAGUGGAGUGGUGCUGACCUGUAUGUGGGAGGGGUCUGGAAGUCCAUGUUGACCAUUCUCCAGGUUUUCACGAUUGACGCCAUUGCGUCGACUCUGGGGCAGCCCUUGAUGACCAUUUCCCCGAUUACUGUGGGACUGCUGGUGAUUUCCAUCGUUUUUCUAAACUUCGGCUGCAUCAACAUUCUCGUGGCAGUGAUGGUGGAACACAUCGUCAACAUUGCCACAGAGACGCGCGUGAACUUCGCAAAGGUCUUGGCCAAAGUCGAGAGCAAGGUUUUCGCUGCAAUGUUGGAGGAGUUGACAGAGUAUUGCGAUGAUGGGGAAGGUGGUGGGGAGCUGACCUACAAGGACUUCAAGAAAGUCAUCCGGAACAAGACCAUGAUGGAGAAGAUGAAGCUGCUCAACUUUUGUUUUGAUGAGAUGGAGCUCCUUUUCGAGCUCAUGGAUGCCGACGGGAGCGGCUCAGUGAGCCCGAAGGAGUUCGUGGCCGGUCUACGAAAGAUGAAAGGCCAAGCAUUGGGCUCCGAUGUGGUGCGGCUCAUUGGGCUUGCCCAUAAGCAGUCUGGCCGAGCAUUGGUGUUCAACAGACGGCUGGCGGUGCUCAACGAGAAGGCCGACAUUAUUCAAGAGCGGCUGAACUUCCUCGGCCAGCAUUGCUCGGAGGAGCUCAUCGAACGAGCGCACAGCGAGGUUCGGCAGGAGAAGGCCUUGGUCGAAUCUGCACAAAGGCAGCUGGUGAUCAUCGAGUGCGAUGAGAACCGGCGAACGACUUAUCCAGGCCUUGUCCCGGAAGAGCCGAAGAAGCCUCUACGCCUGGCGCCCUGGGAGCUCCCCGCCAAGCCAAGGCGAAGCUCCAUGGAACAGGCUGUGCCGGCAGAAGCUGCUGUGCUGGAUCCAGUGCCUGAAGAAGAAAGCCCCGAGCGCAGGGCCAGCAUGGAGCCGACGUGA